AUGACGAACUUUUUUACAGGAAGAAACGGCGUGCGUGACCACACCAAAAGCUCUGGUGAAUCGACGCCGGCUGGGGAUGUGCUUUUAGAGCGUGGGAUGGCGCUACCUUCUAGAACUAGCGACACGGAGAGCGCGGUGGGUGGCCGCGAGCGCUCGCGUCUGAGUGCGCUGGGAGCUCGCAUGCGCGCCGCUCUGCCCCGCGCUAGAGACCGCGUGCAAGCCACCGAACCAACCACUGACACUGAUGAUAAGAUCUUGUCUGAGGAGAAGAAAGGCGUAGUGUACGCUGAACUGCAGCUUGGCGAGCAGACCGCCGAGAAGCCGCCACCUCCCUCCACUGAGUACGCUGAAAUCGUCUACACCGAUAAGAACCAGCAGGAGACUAAAGAAUAAACCUACUCACGUUAAACUUCUACUUCCCUUAAGAAAACCAUAGGGUACAAAUUCAAAAAUAGAA